AUGGAGGGUAAUUUUUUUGACUUUCUCGUGCAUGUAGAUGCUGCGGCCAACAGCAUUCGACCCUAUCGCAAACCGAAGCGCAUUCGAACGGCCUUCUCGCCCUCCCAACUGCUGCGAUUGGAGAACGCGUUCGAAAUGAAUCACUAUGUCGUAGGUCAGGAGAGAAGACGACUUGCAGAGUCGCUUAGUCUUACGGAAACUCAGGUGAAGGUGUGGUUCCAGAACCGUCGAACCAAAUUCAAACGUCUCUGUUUGGAAGAGGAGGAGGGAGGUGGAAAUAGAGGAGGCGACCAAGAGAAAGCUAGUGGUGGUAGCGCCUGUGACGACCGAGGUGAUGACUUCACGGUAUUUCAUUUUAUAUGUCAAUUAUGGGAUGACACUGGGGUCAAAGGGUACGUUUAUGUGAGAGGGGGCAAACUAUCUGUGUGA